AUGACACGUUUCCUGGGAACUGUUUGUCUAGAGGAGUUUAAAUUCGUCUGCUACAAUGAAACAAAGCAAGACGGUAAAAAGUUCCAUUUCAUUGACGAAACCAAGACCUGGCCACAGGCUCAGAGCUACUGCAGAGAACACCACACUGACCUGGUGAGUGGACGCAAACAGUUAGAAGACGAUGAAUUCAAGCAGGAGCGUCCUCAGGAUGAAGAAGACUUGUGGAUCGGCCUGUUCAGAGACAGCUGGAGGUGGUCAGAUGGCAACAGUUCCUCUUUCAGAGACUGGGAUCUGAACUUAUCUACAGAUGGAGACGACAAGAAAUGCGCUAUGGCUGCAAAUGGAAAAUGGAGCGUUGAUGGAUGUGAUGAAGCAAAACCCUUUGUCUGCUAUGAUGGUGAGUUUAACUGA